CUUGUUUUCGUGCUGUUGAAUUGUAAUUCAGCAAAUGAGCCGUCCGAUAUAUUAAUUGGAUGGAAAUCAUUUAUUAUUCAUUGAACCCACGAAUGGGAUCGGAUCCAUCGAAUAAAGAUGAAGGCAACUAGGAAGUCCAUAGCAGAGAUAUGGGACUAGCCAGUAUAAGCCUGAGCUACGGGUUUGACAGUUGCUGCAAUGGAACCAAGAGGAAUAAAUGCUGCCCAUCUAAGAUACCCACAAAUCACAGAUGCAGCCAAGAUAAAGGAUGUUGUUCCUCAGGAAGAGGAGAGAAUAUGGAUAGAUAAUCUUCUGGCUGUCAGUGAAGAACCAGACGAAGGAUGGGAUUAUAUUGAUCAGAUAAUUUGUAAUGAUUGGAACCUAGCGGUGCGGGGAUGGGACGACACAGUGCCUUAUGUGAAGUAUGCCUGGGGAGAUGCUCCUGUAACCUCGAAGAAGCGGGAAGCAGAGGAUCAUGGUGGCGGGAAAAGGAAUCGAGGGAGACGUCACCAGCAGCCACCUGUGGAUGACUCCUGGAAGCGUUGCGUAGAGCCAAGGACGUACAGGUAUGUGUAUGAUCCCAAAGGAUUGCAUCACACAACCCUCAAGUAUUACAGUGGAGUUACCCUUGAGAGAUCAGUGGAGGAUGACGGUUUCUCGGAUCAUAUUUUGAAAUUACGGGAGUAUUUGGAGAAGACGUUGAAUCAUGCCAAGAAGGAGACCUCACAAGGGAUCAAGGAGCAUGCCAAGCUUGGGCAGUAUGUUGCUAAUAAAACAUCCACCUCAAGAGAUAGGAGAGAGAAGCAUUCUUUAGAGAAGAAAGUUGGUGGAAAGCUGCGUGGACUUGGAGAAGGUUUGUAUGUUAUGACGGAUGACUCGUGUCCAGAGGAUGAGGAGGAUGCGAGGGUCACACUGAAAGGUGUGGAAGGUAAGGGCUUAGAUGAUAGUUUGCGUUCAAAGAUAGACCGUCAACCAACUCCGAUCUUGCCAAUUAGGAAAGUAGAAAAAGUAAACCAUGGGCAAAUUGAUCAUAUUACGAACCAAAGAGAAAGUCCGCGGCUGAAACUCACCCAUGGUUUGAAUGUUGGAAGCGGAGCGACAAGCAGCUAUGAGAAAUUUCCAACCAACAGCUACGAAAAGUUUCCGACACAUUCUGUUCAUGUAACUCCACAUAACAUUCUUGACUUAACGCUUAACCCUCUCAAAAAAGUGACACCUUAUCAGAGACAGAUCCAUGAUGACAAUGAGGUUCUAUUGCAUGAUCGUGGAGAAAGGAUACCACCAAGCAAACCGUCUAGUGCUAAAUCCGAGCCAGACCACACUCCAUCCUACAAAGUCCUCCUAGAACGUUCUUCUGCGCCUCACAUGGGAAGCAGAGGAGAUAGGACGAUGCUUGCAGAAGUGAACGGUAAAGCAAUGCCCAUGCCCCCGCCCGUCAAAGAGUUCCCCCUUGCACAAGAGCUUGCUGCGGUAAGCAAACUUCUCAGAGAUCAAGACCAAAAGAACAAGCACAAGGGGAAGCAAGGAAAGUCCAAGCCAAUCAAACUUGGGGCAGGGUAUGUGAAUGAAGCAGGACCCAAGCUAGGGGAUCCAUUGCACCGUGGUGUGAUGGACAGAGAGACAGCAGGGGCCAUGGCUGCAGAGUUGCUACCUGGAGUUAGUGGACAUAAACUCAAUCUUCCAGCAUAUUCCCAAAGAAUUCUUUGAUUCCAACUUCAAAGGAUUGUGUAUAUUGAAAUGUGACUGUGGUAUCUACAUUGUGUUAAAUAAUUGUGUUUUCCUCUAGCCAACAUAUGCCUAAAUCCAUGUUUUUCACCCAUGACCCAUCUUAUUAGCAUCAUUAAAUUACACUCCAUUCUUAGUAGAAUUAUUUGUCAGGUAUGCCUUUUCUGUAUUGAAAUAUUGUCAAAUCUUUUUUCAACAGGCCUUACAUUGCUUGUAACACCAGGUGACAAUGUUUAGGUUUAUAUUAUGCUCAUUGCAAAUGGAAAUGACAACUGCCAGAAUGGCACACCUUUUUUCUAUUUAAUUGUCUUGAUGGAAUAAUGUCAAGACAAGAAAUCAGAAUACAUUAACGAUGGGACCAAUUUUUACUUUUUAGUCUUUCAUGUAAAAGAAAUUGUGAAUGAAACCCAGUUUUCUUGGUACUUGUAAAAUGAAAAUGCAGCUGUUAUAUGCUUUAUGCAAAUUUGCGGCGUACUACAUUUUUGCCUAACUACACUGGCAGAACAAUUACAUUUCAUCUAUGUACAUGGAUGUUAAUGUAAAGAGGUUCUCCUUUCAGGAUUUCUAUUAGUGCAGUGUAUGUGGGAAUACAGUCAUGGACAUGUAAGGUAGUGAAUUACUUGUGAAAUUAGAACUUUAACCUUUGAUCAUGGAAAUGAUACAAGCAUUUUCCCUCUUUCAUGAAUUACCUAGAUGUAAACUUAUACUGGCAUUAUAUGUUUGUAUGUUUCUAAGGCUUUCAUUUCUGAAAUUGGUGCAAUGUUUUGGAAUUUGAUCACAGGAUAGUGAACAGUGGGAAUGUCGUCAUUUUACUUGCAGAAUUUGAACUUUGACCUUUACUGAAAUCAGGGAAAUGUCAUUAAAAAAUAAUAAUUUCCAUUCUUUCAAAUAUUACCUGCAAUUUGGCAUUUACUACUUUGUAUGUUUUCAUUGUGCCUGCAACUGCAUUGAUAAUAGCAGCGUAUAUGUAUGAAAGCUUUAUUGUGAGUUGUAUUAUUAUGUAUCUAUGUGUACAUAAUACCCUACCGUGUAAAGGUUAACUUGAAUGUAAUUUUGUUUCAAUCAAUAUUAUGAUGACCUACUUUCAUUACAUUUUGUUAAUUUGUAUGUGUACUAUACCAUGCAGUCACUUCAAUGUACUUUUUAUUAAGAUCUGUAUACUGUAUGGAAACUAACUAAAUGUAAAUCUGCCCAAGUCAUUUUUGGGGCUAUGGAAAUUGUUAGAUUGAGGUGAAAUUCAACUUUUAUAGACUUAAAAGAAAACUAUAUCAUUUUUUGUUGUUGCAUACUCUGAUCUGAAGAAUUACUUCCACUUUGCCAGUUAUAUACUAGUUGUACCGAAGUGAUGGUACCAUAUUUUGAAAGAGCAUGAUGAAAUACCUCCAUGAAUCAAAUUUGGUAGGAAUCAGUCGAUGGGGGCCUGAGAUAUGACCUCAUGAAUACAUAAUUAGCCCAUUGAAGUCAGUGUAUU